AUGCCAAUGCAGUGCUUCAGAAUCCGCGACUGCACCAUCCCGCUGGCGUUGCCCCUGAUAGCAACGUUGGCGCCGGGUACGGAUCUGGCCGACACGAUAACCAUACACACGCGCUAUACCUCGGGCUAUGAGAAGACCUGCAAGGACGUGACUCCGAUCCGCGCCAACUCCAAACCCAACUUGGUGAUCCCAUGGUGUACUAGUUGGCGUCGUCCGCUAGUCAUCGGAGUAAGAACCGUCAAAGCAUGGCGCUCUCUGAAGACAGCAGAAACUCGCGGAAAACAUUGGCACGAGUUGGCCUACCCAAAUAGAGUGAUUGGCGAGAGAUGCACAAGGGGCAUUGGCGGAAGCGUGUACGUCAAGAGAAGGCAUGACGAAGAUAGGAUUCAGCAGCUGAUGCUUCCUCGGAUCGGCUCAAACGGGUGCGCCGCGCUCGAGUCCAGGCAGGCAACCGGGCAGCCGUCAUCAAGACAGACUCGGGCGCGGCAUGACGAAUGCGGCGAUCCGCCGAAAAGGAAAUCGAUUAGAGUAAUGACCAGAUCAUCACAGGACUGCGUUGAUGUCAUGGUGAUCACCGAAUGUGCUACAAAAUAA